GCUGGUGGACUUCUGCAGCUUUCCAGGACAGCAGUUCAGCAGUAUCUUGGAAGGACCUUAGAACCAGGCAGGUCCCCCUCUAGGAUGGUGUCCAGCACACACCUGCCUCUCACCAUGAGUCUCGACCUGCACUAUGAGCAGCUCAGCGACACCCGGUGGACGGAGCUCCUGCCUCAGAUGCAGCAGUGCCAGGUGAUCAGGCUGGUGGACUGUGGCAUCACAGAGGGGCGCUGCCGGGACGUGAGCUCCGCCCUCCGGGACAACGCCGCCCUGACAGAGCUCAACCUCUGCUCCAACGAGCUCGGGGACGCUGGCACGCACCUGCUGCUCCAAGGCCUGCAGAGCCCCACCUGCAAGGUCCAGAAGCUCAGCCUCCAGAGCUGCUGCCUGACCGAGGCCAGUGGCAGGACCCUGGCCAGCAUGCUGCGUGCCGCGCCCUCCCUGCGUGAGCUGGACCUCAGUUACAACCCACUCGGGGAUGAAGGCCUACAGCUCCUCUGUGAAGGACUCCUGGACCCUCAGUGCCACAUCGAGAGUCUGGAGCUGCAGUACUGCGGCCUUUCGGCUGCCAGCUGCGAGUCCCUGGCUGCAGCGGUCAGGGCCAGGCCGGAGCUGAAGGAGCUGGUGCUGAACAACAAUGACUUCGGGGAGGCCGGCGCCCGGACCCUGUGCCAGGCCCUGGUGGACUCUGCCUGCCUGCUGGAGUCACUCAAGCUGGAGAGCUGCGGCCUCACCUCAGCCAACUGUCAGGACCUGUGUGGCCUCCUGGUGGCCAAGGCCUCGCUGCGCAACCUGGAGCUGGGUGACAACAGGCUGGGGGAUGCGGGCGUGGCAGCGCUGUGUCCUGGGCUGCUGAGCCCAGGCUGCCAGCUCAAGACCCUGUGGCUCUGGGAGUGUGACAUCACGGCCAACGGCUGCAGGGACCUCUGCCGAGUCCUCAGGGCCAAGGAGAGCCUGAGGGAGUUCAGCGUGGCCGGCAACCCGGUGGGGGACGAGGGCGUCCGGCUGCUGUGUGAGAGCCUGCUGGAGCCGCACUGCCGCCUGGAGUCCCUGUGGGUGAAGUCCUGCAGCCUCACAGCCGCCUGCUGUGCGCACGUCAGCGCGAUGCUGGCACAGAACAAGAGCCUCCAGGAGCUGCAGCUGAGCAACAACAGGCUGGAGGACGCGGGCGUGGGCGAGCUGUGCCGCGGACUCAGCCAGCCCGGCGUGCCGCUGCGGGCGCUCUGGCUGGGGGACUGCGAGGUGACCGACAAGAGCUGCAGCAACCUGGCCUCACUCCUGCUGGCCAGCCGCAGCCUGCAGGAGCUGGACCUCAGCAACAACUGCAUGAGCGACGUGGGCGUCCUGACGCUGGCCGAGAGCGCCCAGCAGCCCAGCUGCGUCCUGGAGAAGCUGGUCCUGUACGACAUCUACUGGACGGAGGAGACGGACGACCGCCUGCAGGCCCUGGCGGAGAAGAGGCCGAGCCUGAAGAUCAUCUGCUGAGUCCCGCCCGAGGGGCUCCAAGACCGCGGGACCGGCCGGCUCCCGGGGGCGCUCAUUCCUGGUGCCUUGGCUUUACUGAAGAGAAAUGCUCACGUCUGAGCACGUUUUAGACGCUUCAUAGUUAUUAAAGUACUUUUUGAGCAGAA